AUGAUCGCUGGAACCGCCGCUCGAUCGCUGCGCACGGUCGCCUCGCGCUCCGCCAGCGCAACAGCAUCCUCGUCUGCCGCCUCUUCGUCUUCCCUCGUCUGCCGAUGCACCGCCGUCGCCGCUCCCGCUCGCAGCGUCUCGACGACGGCAAGACGCUCCAUCUCGACCACCGUCGUCCGAUCACAAGAUGCCGCGCCCGUCGACCCCAAGAUUGGUGGUAUCGUCGACCAGAUCGAGAAGCUGACGCUCCUCGAGGCUGCGGAUCUCGUCUCUCAGCUCAAGACCCGUCUCAACAUUACCGAGAUCGCCAUGCCCGCCGCUUCGGCCGGGUCGGCUGGUGCCGCCGCCGCCGCGCCUGCCGCCGAUGCCGCCGAGGCCGAGGAGGCCAAGCCCAAGGAAAAGACCGUCUUCAACCUCAAGCUCACCGGCCUCAAGGACGCCAGCGCCAAGGCCAAGGUCAUCCGCGAGGUCAAGGCCAUCAACACGACCAUGAACCUGGUCGAGGCCAAGAAGUUUGUCGAGUCGGCCCCGCAGGUGCUCAAGGAGGGCCUGACAAAGGAGGAGGCCGAGAAGCUGCAGAAGGCCAUCGAGACCGCCGGCGGCACCGUCGAGCUCGAGUAG